AAUGAUUUCCAGAUCAAGAAGAAGAGAUGAAGGUGGCUCAGUCUUAUUGAUAGUUAAGGUGCUGGGAUUAUUUUUAAUACCAGAAGUUAACACAUCUAUCGAGUGUACCACUACAAUUGAUUUGGUUUUCGUCAUGGACCUCUCGGGUAGCGUUCAGACUCACGGAUACGAAACCAUGAAAGCAUUCAUCAAAGAAAUGAUUUCAAGAUAUCAAAUCGGUUCUGCUAACACUAGAGUUGGUCUGGUUGUGUUUAAUAUUGAGGCUUAUGUAGAGUUCUAUCUGGACACGUAUUAUCAGAAAGAAGAACUAAUUUCUGCCAUGGACAAUAUCCGAUCGUUUGGUAGGGAAACAUAUACCGAUCGUGGGUUGUAUUCUGCGCGUAUGAACGUGCUACAGGAGUCAGCAGGAGAUCGGCAAGAUGUACCCAAUGUAGUCUUGGUUCUAACUGAUGGAAAAUCCAAAGACCCUACAAAAACGGCGUACCAGGCAAAUCUAUUACACAGCAGUGGGGCAGAAGUUAUCGCUUUGGGAAUUGGAAGUAAUGCUGAUCUCGACGAGCUGAACGCCAUUGCUAGCGACCCUGACGAAGAAAAUAUGUAUCGUGUGUCAGACUUUGACAGUAUGUCCUCAAUUAUAGAUGAACUUGUGAUGAAAACAUGUGGAGGACCCAUGUGUUCUGAACUACCCCAUCCAUCGAAUGGGCGUCGGCUGGGAGAAGAUCGGCGGGUCGGAGCUUCAGUGUACUUUGAGUGUGAUUCAGGUUACACUUUACAAGGUUCAGACAAACGAACUUGCGGCCCCAACGAUGUGUGGGAUGGAGUGAUAGCAUCUUGUCCUCCAUCGGCAUGUCCAGAACUACCUCAUCCAGAGAACGGGCGUCGUGUGGGGAACAGUCUGCAGGUGUCGUCCACGGUGUCCUUUGAAUGUAAUCUGGGUUACACUUUGUAUGGCUCAGAACAACGAACCUGCCAGCCGGACGAGCAGUGGGACGGACAAACGGCUUAUUGCCAAGUAUCAGAAUGUCCUGAACUCCCUAAUCCAGAGAAUGGAUAUCGUGUGGGAAGCGCUCGGCAGGUCGGGGACACAGUGUCCUUCAGUUGUAAUCUGGGUUAUACUUUGCAAGGCUCCCAACAACGAACCUGCCAGAUCAACAAGGUGUGGGACGGAGAAACAUCAUAUUGUUAUGUCUCGUUAUGUCCCCAAUUACCCUAUCCAGAGAACGGGCGUCGCAUUGGUGAUAAUUAUCAGGUCAAUGACACGGUGUCCUUUGAAUGCAAUGUGGGUUACACUUUGCAUGGCUCCCAACAACGAACCUGCCAGCCCAACAAGGUAUGGGACGGAGAAACAUCACAUUGUUAUGAAUCGUUAUGUGACCAACUGCCUGCUCCAGAGCAUGGGCAUCUAGAGGGAGAUUUACAUAGGCAUAUCGGGGACAAGGUUUCUCUUGAGUGUAUGGAGGGCUAUGCUGUGGAAGGCUCUUGGGAGCGAGUCUGUCAAGACAACCGAGAGUGGAGCGGACAACCAGGACGUUGCGUUCGUAUUCCACCAGAAGAAAGUAUGCCAACAAUAGAGCCUGACCUUCCUCGUAUGUAUCCUCUGUAUUUAUAA